AGUAGCCAUCACUACAACAAUCAGACGUCACUGUUCGGAGAGUAUCGAACUCGUCCGGUUUGUGGGCCAUCGGAAAAACUGUCGAAAAAAGACACAACAGAGUUCAACAGCAGCCUGAUGCUCACGUUCUAGUCGGCUGGUAACGGGCGGUUGAAGUUGUCAACAAAGAUAGCUGCCAGCAAUGUGCCGAACGAACCACAUUUGUUUAUCGACUGUGUUUAAAACAAAGRAGAAGUGAUGUGAUGUAAGACGUUUGGUUUGGAGUCUAAUGUCUAACUGAUUUUCGCUUAGAGAAUCGACAUGGGGAUAAGCAGUUCUUUUAUUGGUAACAUAUUCUUUUUGGUUGGACUUAUCACUUUAUCAAAAGGCAGAACAUUGAAACCCAAUCCUACUGCAAGGGAGAAUAACAAUGGCAUAUCAUUAACAGCAACAACAACAGCAGCAGCAGCAACAACAACAGCAACAACAACAAUAUUACUUACUUCUCCUUCACCACCAGUAGUAACAACAUCAAACUUUCAAACAAACAGUCGACCAGCCAUCUUAGCACAGAAUAAGAAAGACACUAAUGCACCUAAGAAUGGUACUACUAUUCCUGCUGUUAAGGGUCGAGAUGAUCCUAAGAAAGAUGUGCUUCCAUUAUGGGGAUACAUACUUAUUGCCUUUGGUGCAGUCWUAGUACUUGUAAUCAUUGCUAUCAUUGCAUAUGCAAAGUUUGUUAAGUGGAAAGAUCAUGGUACUUACAUGGUUUGGGAUGAUGCUGAGCUAGAGACAAGUCCAGCUUUUACAAGAGAAUCAGAGUUCCUUCUAGAAACACAAGCAGUGUUCUCUAAUGGUGGUUUGGACAAGUAUGGAUCAACUGCACAAUUCAACACCAUUGAUCCAGAACAACAAGACAAGACACAAAGCAUUGGAAGCCGUGCYCGUAGYGUUUCUAAUUUGAUUCAAAGCCGUCCACUCCCAGCUGUUCCAAUUAACAAGAGAUUCUCCAAAAGUUUGGAUAAGUUCAGGUUUUUUAAUACCCUGCCUGUCAUUAAAACACAAGACACRCCCAAGGYRGGGCUCCUUUUUAGGGAGCCUCCUUACACCAAUUUGGUCAAGUCUGCAAGUUAUGGAUCUAAUCUUCACAGAUCUGUUAACAACAAUAAUAAUAAUAUAUGUUUGCCAGUAAUGGUGGAUCAACCAGCUCUUUUUGCUACAAGGAAAAGCUCAUUUGAUGUUCAUACUAAAGUGACUGGCAAUAAUUUAAGUCACCGCAAAUCAAAGUCUCUUGAUACACUUACUCUUUUGAAAGGAAUUGAUUUUAAUGUUACAAAUGUUGAUAUAUACCAUUCCUAUGAAAGUGUGCAUAAUAGGGAUGCAGAAUAUGCAAGYGUGUCAGACAGCCAACCCAAUUCGCCAACUAUAUCUGAUUAUACACCGCAGCACAGCCCAAYUAAACUCAAGACUCCUACAUAUAAGCAUAAUGCUGAUUGCGAGAGUAUAUAUGCAAGUUUAAGCCAUGAGGACUUGCARCAAGUCUCCCAAGAGACUGAAGCUAAUAAUAUUGCUUAUGAUUCAAGUACGUUGUCRUCAGUAUCAAGCGAUGCAACUUCACCUUACGCUAGUGUUCGGAUAAGUCAGAUUCCAGGWUUAAGUUAUGAUCACUGYGAUCAUGAUGACAUUUACACCACCAAAACACCAGAGAACUCUGGAGAAAGCUUUGAAACUGCAACUCCUGAGAAUUCAGGGUCUUCUGGAGUUGAACUCAAGCCUACUAUGAACUCUGCUCGUUCAAGUACUCAUACWUACAUAGAACUUUUCCCUGARCAAGCAARCAGGGACAGUGUGAUAUCAGAAACUAGUUCUGGUUACGCCAGACCAGUUGAUGUYAUGGAGUCUGUUUUGAAGACAAAAGAACAUCAGAAUGAAAAGGAUGAGAAGAAAAAAAGAAACAGUUUAUCUGAUAUGGAGAUCCCAGUAGAGGAUAAUGUAACUUUUGAAAAGACAGACUUAAAUAAAGAGGUAUACGAUAACCCAGUGAACAUCUCUGAUAAUACGGAGGACAGUUGUCAUCAAGAUAGUAUACAAGACGGCAUCAACCUUGACGAUAGUAUGGAUGGAGUGCAUGUUAAUAUCAGGCCUCUGUUAAAGAGGAAUGAUAGUGAACACAGUGAAUAUGAGAUCUAAUAAUGAUACCUUGAUUGCAUACAGUGUAAGCUUUAUUAAUAUGAAAUGCUAAGAAAAGCACAUUGCCAUAACGUUACACUUUAUACAUGGAAAGCAAUGUAAAUCCUAACCCAAGUGCUUUUAAAAGAAGCAACCUUUUUUGCUCUAUUUUCAUAAUGUACUUCAUAAGACACACAGCUACUUAUCAUAGUGAGUUUAGCACUCUAAAAACCAAUGACAGAUCCAAGGAAUUGCCUUGUUCAACCGUCAACUUCUACUUGAUAAUUUUUUAAUAAGGGGGUUCUUUAAAAGGUAUUAGGAUGGGUAACGUUCUGUCCAUAUAGCAAGUACGUAAUGUGAUUCUUAACACCUUUAUUGCUUAUAAUAUAAUAUGUCAAAGAAUUUACAAGAUCUUUCUGAUCAAACUGCAACUAUAACAAGAUGUAUAUAAUAUGGUAAAUCAUUCCUUAAGUCAGAUGGAAAAAGUCUAAUGUAUUCCUGCAUACUUCACAAGAAAAAAAUAUCCCAAACCACUAAAUACAUGUUUAUAGAGAUUUUCACCAGACUUAUAAAAGACUAGUUUCUGCUAAUGUGACCAAUAUGUUAACAGCCUACUGGAAAGAGCUACAACAUAGUUGUGCCAAUAUAUGCAUUGUAUUAGUAAAGUAUCUGUUGAACAGUCUGCAAGUCUCUUGAAAAUCACUAUUCAAAACCUUGGUUGGAAAACUUAAAACACAUUUAGUAUUGCGUCGGCACUAAUGUUUGUAGGGAUGUACAAUAUAAUAACCCAAAAAAGCACUGCAAAGUUAGUAUUUUUAUAGUUUAAAGCACAUCGUCCUUAGUGCUGGACACAACUGGACACUUAUUGUGCACCUUAGUUUUGACAGCAUUCUCUGGUAGAGUGUAUUAUACAUAUAUAUAGACGCUGUAUAUGGCUGGUCCAUAACACUAGUCAUGUUGUAUAUUGUACUGUUGAUACUAGGUAUGGCAUGUGCUUAAUUUGUGUGGUAUUUAUCUUGUUAAAUACAAGGCUUUGGUAAAUUUGAUACAAGUUAAUGCUAAUCACAUCAGAAUUUGAAAAUACAUUUGUAAAUAUAUUCUAGUACUAACAAUCAUGAUAAUAAACUGUUGUAAAGUUUAAUUAAUCUUUGAUUAGUGUGAUAUAGUUCAUAAAUAAAUCUCAAGUGGUUUAA